GCUGCGGCGGCGGCGGCGGUGGUGGCGGCGGUGGGGUGGCGGGAGCGGAGCGGCAUGGCCACGGCGGCUUCUAACCCCUACCUGCCGGGGAACAGCCUGCUGGCGGCCGGCUCCAUUGUCCACUCGGACGCGGCGGGCGGCGGCGGCGGGGGUGGCGGUGGGGGCGGCGCGGGGGGCGGCGGCGCGGGGGGCGGCGGGGGCGGCAUGCAACCCGGCAGCGCCGCCGUGACCUCGGGAGCUUACCGAGGGGACCCGGCCUCCGUCAAGAUGGUCCAGAGCGACUUCAUGCAGGGGGCCAUGGCCGCCAGCAACGGCGGCCAUAUGCUGAGCCACGCGCACCAGUGGGUCACCGCCCUGCCCCACGCCGCCGCCGCCGCCGCCGCCGCCGCCGCCGCCGCCGUGGAGGCGAGCUCGCCGUGGUCAGGCAGUGCUGUGGGCAUGGCCGGCAGCCCCCAGCAGCCGCCCCAGCCGCCGCCGCCGCCGCCGCCGCAGGGCCCCGACGUGAAAGGCGGCGCCGGACGCGACGACCUGCACGCGGGGACAGCGCUCCACCACCGCGGCCCGCCGCACCUCGGGCCCCCGCCCCCACCCCCGCACCAGGGCCACCCUGGGGGCUGGGGGGCCGCCGCCGCCGCAGCAGCAGCAGCAGCAGCAGCAGCAGCCGCGCACCUCCCGUCCAUGGCGGGGGGCCAGCAGCCGCCGCCGCAGAGUCUGCUCUACUCUCAACCCGGGGGCUUCACGGUGAACGGCAUGCUGAGCGCGCCCCCGGGGCCGGGCGGUGGCGGCGGCGGCGCGGGCGGCGGCGCCCAGAGCCUGGUGCACCCGGGGCUGGUGCGCGGGGACACGCCCGAGCUGGCUGAACAUCACCACCACCAUCACCACCACGCGCAUCCGCACCCGCCGCACCCGCACCAUGCGCAGGGCCCCCCACACCACGGCGGCGGCGGCGCGGGGCCCGGACUCAACAGCCACGACCCUCAUUCGGACGAGGACACGCCGACGUCGGACGACCUGGAGCAGUUCGCCAAGCAGUUCAAGCAGCGGCGCAUCAAGCUGGGCUUCACGCAGGCCGACGUGGGGCUGGCCCUGGGCACGCUGUAUGGCAACGUGUUCUCGCAGACCACCAUCUGCCGCUUCGAGGCCCUGCAGCUGAGCUUCAAGAACAUGUGCAAGCUCAAGCCGCUGCUGAACAAGUGGCUGGAGGAGGCGGACUCGAGUACCGGCAGCCCCACGAGCAUCGACAAGAUCGCGGCGCAGGGCCGCAAGCGCAAGAAGCGGACCUCCAUCGAGGUGAGCGUCAAAGGCGCGCUCGAGAGCCACUUCCUCAAGUGCCCCAAGCCCUCCGCGCAGGAGAUCACCAACCUGGCCGACAGCCUGCAGCUCGAGAAGGAGGUGGUGAGGGUGUGGUUCUGCAACCGGCGCCAGAAGGAGAAGCGCAUGACGCCGCCCGGGAUCCAACAGCAGACGCCCGACGACGUCUACUCGCAGGUGGGCACCGUGAGUGCCGACACGCCGCCACCGCACCAUGGACUGCAAACGAGCGUGCAGUGAAGGCGAGGGACGCCGCGCGAAAAGGGCCGCCGCCGCCGCAGCCGCUGUCAGUACCGCCACCCACAACCCCGCCGCCACAGCCGCUGCCGCGCCAACCCCUCCCUGGGGCCUCAUCGGGGCCGCACCGGGCCCGGGCCGGUCCGCGCCUCUCCUCGCCCAAAGACAGGCAUUCCCGCCCUUGGAGGAAAAAAAAGAGAAGGACCAAGGAGACAUUUUCGGAAGUCCGAGGAAGGAGGGGCAACACAAAACAAAGAGAAGCAUAAUAAAUACCCACACUGUUUUAUAUACAUUUUACAUAACAAACAAACAGGGAAGAGAAAAAGGGGGCGAUCAUGAGAUAUCGUUUCUACUGUGGUGGUGUUGCGUUUUUCUGUUUUUCUUUUUAAAGAAGGGUGAAGAUGCCUAGCGCACCAAAACUGCACUCAUGAGGUUUUCCCCACCCUGAGAAAUCCUACAUGGCAACGGUGGACAGCACCUGGCACCUGUCGCGUCCUCUCCUCCAAAAAAAAAAAAUACAAAAACACAGCA